UUCUACGAGAUGAAGAGGCAGCCAGGAUAGCUGCACUGAGGGAGGAAGAGGAGCAGAAGAGUCAGAUGAUGAAGGAGAAGAUUGAGAAGAUGAGCAGAGAGAUCUCAUCUCUUUCAGACACAAUCAGAGCCAUAGAGGAGGAGAUGAAAGCUGAUGAUGUCACAUUUUUACAGAACUACAAGAGCACGGUGGAAAGAUCCCAGUGCACACCACAGGAUCCAGAGAAGCUUUCAGGAGCUCUGAUCAAUGUGGCAAAGCACCUGGGCAAUGUGAAGUUCAGAGUCUGGGAGAAGAUGCAGGAGAUUGUUCAAUACACUCCUGUCACUCUGGAUCCCAACACUGCAGCUGAUGAUCUCAUCCUGUCUGAGGAUCUGACCAGUGUGAGAUAUGGUGAUAAGAGACAGCCGCUUCCUGAUAAUCCAGAGAGAUUUUAUAAGUAUAGCAGUGUGCUCGGCUCUGAGGGCUUUAACUCAGGGACACACUGCUGGGAUGUGGAGGUAGGGGAGAGCACACUGUGGUUUGUGGGUGUGGUGACAGAGUCUCUCCAGAGGAAGGGAGACUUCAUCUCCAUGAGUGGACGGUGGGUUGUUAACUGCCAUGAUGGUAAACAUUGGGCAUGUGCCCCACCAGUUUUCACUCAGCUCACAGUGCAGCAGAAACUCCAGAGGAUCAGAGUACAUCUAGACUGGGACAGAGGAGAGCUGUCAUUCUCUGAACCUGAUAGUAACACACACCUACACACCUUCACACACACUUUCACUGAGAGAGUAUUUCCAUACUUCAGUGUAGGAAAGUUCCCUAUGAGUGUGCUACCAGUGAAGGUCUCAGUAAGAGUACAGUAGCACAGCUUCCUGUGG